AUGGACCAGCAAGCCAUCCAACGCGCCAUCUCCGGCCUCGCAAUCCGCAUGUCUGCGGUUCACAUCCGCAUGGUCGCUCUUACCCAGCUGAUCCAGCAAACAAACGACCCCACAGGCGUGCUCAAGACGGACCUUGCUGCCUGCCAGCGCCAGAUGACGCAGUAUCAAGUCGAGCUCGCGCAGUUCCAGCAGCAGGCGACGACGGCUCAUCGUGCCUCGCUUGCGGCCAUGGGCCUGCUGGGUCUGGUCGAGACUGUUCCCGCGCCGGUGUCGCAGCCUCAGGUGGGUGGUAUCUCUGGGUCGAUAAGGGCUCAGAGUUAUGAGUCAGAGAGGAACACGGGGAAGAGGAAGAUACGGAAGAGGGGGGCUAGUUUCCGCCGGGGAGGGCAAAGUGAGGCGUUCUAUGUUGGCAGGAGGGAGAUUUCGUCUGGAGAUGCUCGUGGUUUGUUCGUACGCGGAGAGUCAUCAAAUACUGGUAUCGACGUUUAUACUCCUUCGAUCCGCAAGGAAUCUACCAACCGAUGCUUCCAAACUUUGAACAGGACGACGAAUGAGCAGGCCAAGUCUGAUUUUUCCACGACCGAACAGAACUCAGCUACCGUAACGCACAAUUCUGCCCCCCAGGAGAGUAACGAGCCCAAGAAGCACGAAGAAAACGUCAAGAACGCGACGGAGGGAGCGAGUAGCCACUCUGACAGCAAGGCGGACACCAAGACGGAUAAAAAGUCUUACGCUGCUGAAACCAUGAAAAGCUUGUCGAAGAAAAAGUCUUUCAGCCGUCAGAAGUCGAGCUGGGCCGAGGAGAUGGAAGAGGAAGAGGCUGAGGAUGGAAGGGGAAAGGGAGCGUGA